AUGAAGCCCAAUCGAAUUCUGAACGUUCUGCUGACACUGUUCUGCGUUUUAACGGUAUCGCACAGUAUCGAGGAGGAGCCGCAUUGCGUAUGGUACGGAGACUGCACAGAAGAAGGAAGUACGAAGCAUGUCACAUGCGUUUCCAAUGAUCCACCACAACAGAUCCAGGACAAGGAAAUUGCGAAGAAGCUGCGCGAGAAAUGUCCCCAAUACUUCGAAGAGACCGACAUGCCAAAAUUAUGUUGCGACAACGGCACCAUCGGAACGCUGCUCGGUCAGAUGGGCAUGGUCGAGGGUGUUUUCGGCAGGUGUCCGACCUGUGUGAGAAAUGCCUACAAAUUAAUAUGCGACAUGAGCUGCAGUCCAGUGCAAAGUCAGUUUAUGGAGGUCAUGGACACCGCUGUGAAUUCCAGAGGCCAAUCAUACGUUACGGAGAUCAAGGCUCUCGUUUCAGAAGAAUACUUGAACGGUACGUUCGAUUCUUGUAAAACCGUCGUUCAUCCGGCCAGUGGAAAUUUAGCCAUGGAUUUGGCGUGUGGGGUUCACGGCGCUAGCAGAUGUUCCGCAAAGAAAUGGUACGAGUAUCAGGGUGAUCCGAUUGCGAACAAUUUUAUACAUUUCCGACUGCACUUUGUCCCGAACAACACAUUUUGGGACAAACCGACGAAAACAUGCGGCGAAAAGUAUGACGUAAGUCCGAUAAAGCAACGUGCUGAAGAAUUAGACGAAUUAAGUGGUUCAUCGGCAUGCAGCUGUACAGACUGUCCAAGAGCGUGUAAUCAUGGUAUACAACAUUUCGUUACGGACUUUCUCAUUUUCGGGCACAGUGGUUACGGAGUGAUAGCAAGCAUUAUUAGCGUCUUGUUCGUGUUGACCAUAUUAAUCGUUUACGGAAUUCUGAAGCGGAGAUCUCCGAAUCGAGCUCCAAUAUUAGAGAACGAAGACACGGAUUCGGAAAUCAGCGAGAAAUCCAGAAGAAGGUGUCGCGGCAGUUCUCAGAAGGUGUUUCGCGAUUUGUUCAGCGGUUGGGGAAAAUAUUUCGCGACGAAUCCAAAAAUCACACUUUUCAUUUGCUCGUACAUCGUACUGGGUCUGAGCUACGGGAUCAUGCAGCUUUCGGUGACGAGCGAUCCGAUCGAAAUAUGGGCCGCGCCAACCAGCAGAGCAAGAGUCGAGAAAGAUUACUUCGACUCGCGUUUCGAACCCUUCUACAGAACCGAACAGGUUUACAUCAAAGCCGUGGGACUCGGCAAGGUGAAGCACAACACGUCGGAUGGUCUUUUGGAAUUUGGCCCCGUUUUCCAUGAAAAAUUUCUGCUCGCCGUAUACGAGCUUCAAAGGAAAAUAUUACAACUCGGACAAGACGACGACGAAGGCUUGGAGCGGAUUUGUCAUGCACCGAUUCGAAACGAUUUCACCGGGCCCACCACUUUGGAUCUCUGUACGGUGCAAAGCGUGUGGGGAUACUUUCAGAACGAUCUGAAAAAGUUCAAUAAAACGGACAUAUCCGGUGGAUACAAGAUCAGUUAUUUGGACCACUUGUACAAGUGCGCGCAAAACCCGUUCAAUCCCGACUGUAUAGCCCCGUACAAAGGGCCAGUCUUCCCAGCCCUAGCCUACGGAGGAUUUCUUCGCGAGAACGAAUUCAACUACGAUUCCACGGACUACAUCAAAGCAAAGGGAUUGGUUCUAUCGUUUAUGGUGAAGAACUCGUUGAACGCAUCGAAACUCGCGCCAGCGUAUAAAUGGGAACAGCGGUUUAUCGACUUUAUGGGAGAAUGGGAUGCAAAGGAACGGCCGAGCUUCAUGGAUGUCGCGUAUACGACCGAGAAAUCGAUACAAGAUGAACUGGAACGAUCGUCGCAGGCGGAAAUAUUAACGGUGAUCUUCAGCUACAUUUUGAUGUUUCUUUACGUCGCCUUUGCUCUCGGGAAAAUAACGUGUUCCUUCAAGGAAUACCUUGUGCACAGUAAAAUCAUGCUCAGUGUUGGCGGAAUCGUAAUAGUGAUGGCAUCCGUGGGCUGCUCUCUCGGUAUGUUCGGUUACAUCGGUGUGCCUACGACACUGCUUACGAUCGAGGUAAUUCCAUUCUUGGUAUUGGCCGUGGGAGUGGACAAUAUUUUCAUAAUGGUGCAAACGUACGAGAGAAGUCCGAAACUCGUCGAGGACACGAUACCCGAUCGCAUAGGGAAGAUAUUGGCCGAGGUGGGUCCGUCGAUGCUGCUCACCACUACAUCCGAGUGUCUUUGUUUUCUCAUCGGAACAUUGUCCGCGAUGCCGGCCGUGAAUACUUUCGCGAUGUACGCCUCGCUCUCCAUUCUGAUCAAUUUUCUCUUACAAAUCACGGCUUUCGUUAGCCUCUUAUCGUUGGACGCUCGAAGAUUUCAGAACAAUUACUUGGACGUGUUCUGUUGUGUGAAAACGAAAAAGGAUACCUGUAAUAAAGUCGACGAACAUUCCAGUCUGGUAGAAAUGAUAUUCAAACGCGUUUACACGCCGUUUAUCAUGAAGACACCGGUCCGGAUAAUCGUGAUGAUCCUAUUCUUCGGACUGUUGGUUACACAAGCAGUGAUGCUGCCAAAAAUUGGUAUCGGUUUGGAGCAGAAGCUUUCGAUGCCCAUGGAUUCUUACGUUCUGAAAUAUUUUCAAUUCAUGGAAGAUCUUCUGUCGAUGGGUCCACCGGUCUACUUUGUGCUGACUCCUGGUCUAAAUUACAGCAAGGAAGAUGUCCAGAACACGGUCUGCGGGGGCCAAGGAUGCAAUACCGAUUCUCUGUACACGCAAAUCUAUUCGGCAGCCAAACGGCCCGAAGUAUCCUAUCUAUCGAAGGCAGCCUCCUCUUGGAUAGACGAUUACAUGGAGUGGUCGAGUAAUCCAGAAUGUUGCAUGUACUUUCCAAAUAAUCAGUCCUUUUGUCCACAUACAAAUGGUAAUUGUGACCCUUGCAAAAUUAAUACAGAACACUCGCGGCCGGAUGCAAAGAGCUUUCGAAAAUAUAUACCCUACUUCCUGGAAGAUAUUCCGGAUCCCAUUUGCGCAAAAGCUGGUCGACCCGCCUAUCUCGAAGGAAUGAAUUACCUGGUCGACAAACACGGGUUAACGGAUAUCAGCGACACUUAUUUCAUGGGUUAUCACACCCCGUUAAAAAAAUCAUCCGAUUGGUAUGAAUCACUGAAAUUUUCUAGAAAGUUGGCUGAGGAUAUUUCGACGAUGAUCAAUAAGAAUGAAUUCACGAAAGAGGGGAUAACUGUAUUUCCGUACAGCAUAUUCUACGUCUAUUACGAACAAUACCUAACAAUCUGGAAAGAAGCGAUAUCGUCCUUGGGUCUGUCUCUCUGCAUCAUCUUCUUAGUGACCCUGCUCCUAACCGGACUUUCACUGUUCUCGGCACUGACAGUAGUAUUGACGGUACUCAUGAUCAUCGUCAAUAUAGGUGGCCUCAUGUACUGGUGGUAUAUCGAAUUGAAUGCUGUUUCCCUCGUCAAUUUGAUAAUGGCGGUUGGUAUCUCCGUAGAAUUUUGUAGCCACAUUAUACACGCAUAUUUGCAUUCUACGGCAACGACGAGUAUCGAUCGAGCCACAGAGACGUUGAACAGAGUGGGAAGUUCUGUUUUCUCCGGUAUUACUCUAACGAAGAUUAUAGGAAUUAUCGUAUUGGCAUUUUCGAAGACUCAAGUCUUUCAAGUGUUUUAUUUCCGAAUGUACUUCGGCAUCGUACUGUUUGGCGCCGCACACGGUCUUAUAUUUUUGCCUGUGUUACUGAGUCUUGUCGGACCUGCAGGACACGCGCGUAAACAACAUUACACAACGGAACGAUGA